AAACUUAAAAAAAGAGAGUAAAUUCUGGAAAUAAAUCCUCGGGCUAGAAACCAGAAGAUACUGUACGCUGAUAGAUAACUCAUCAGAAAAACAAUGGCGACGGCUUCUACAUUGCCAUGUCUCCUCAAAACCUUCUUCUCACACCACCACCACAAGCUCUCUCUCCUCUCAAUCUCACGCCACAGCCACCAGUAUCUCUCCACUCUCUCUCUCCACAGCUCCUCAAAAACACGCUGCUUUUCAUCAUCUUCUUCAACAAACGCACCCUCCCCACAAAAAAACAUCAUCAAAAUCCUCCAACAAAGAGGCCUUGUAGAAUCAAUCACCUCAGAGUCACUCCAAACUGUUUGCACUGCCACUCCUCUUAAAGUCUACUGUGGCUUUGACCCAACUGCUCAGUCACUCCAUUUAGGUAAUUUAAUUGGUCUGAUUAUUCUUUCUUGGUUUUCAAGAUGUGGGCAUGUCCCAGUUGCUUUGAUUGGCGGGGCCACGGGUCGGGUCGGUGACCCAUCUGGCAAAACCCUUGAAAGACCCGAACUUGAUGUGAAAACUCUUGAAAAUAAUGUAUCUUGUAUUUCUGAUAUUGUUAGAAAGAUUCUUGGUGAUGAUGCUGUGAUUUUGAAUAAUUAUGAUUGGUGGAAAGAUGUUACCUUUCUUGAUUUCUUGAAGAAUGUGGGUAGGUUUGCUAGGAUUGGGACUAUGAUGGGGAAAGAAAGUGUUAAGAGGAGGUUGGAGGCGUCGGAGUCGGGUCUUAGUUUUACGGAGUUUAGUUAUCAGCUUUUACAGGGGUAUGAUUUUGUGCAUUUGUUUGAUAAAAUGGGGGUUAGUGUUCAGAUAGGUGGGAGUGAUCAAUGGGGUAAUAUUACGGCUGGGACGGAUCUUAUUAGGAAGAUUUUGCACACUGAUGGUGCGUAUGGACUUACUUUUCCUCUGUUGUUAAAGAGUGAUGGGACUAAGUUUGGGAAAUCCGAGGAUGGGGCUAUUUGGCUUUCGUCCUCUAUGUUGUCUCCAUUUAAGUUUUAUCAGUAUUUUUUUAAUGUCCCAGAUGCUGAUGUUGUGAAAUUUUUAAAAAUUUUAACCUUUUUGAGUUUGGAGGAGAUAAAUGUUAUUGAGGAGGAGAUGGGGAAAUCUGGGUAUGUUCCGAAUACGGCACAACGUAAGUUGGCUGAAGAAGUGACAAGAUUUGUUCAUGGACAAGAUGGGUUGGAGGAGGCCUUGAAGGCAACCGAGGCCUUGAAGCCUGGUGCUGAGACUAAGUUGGAUUGGAAGACGAUUGAGGGGAUUGCUGAGGAUGUUCCCUCAUUUUCUAUGAAAUUAGAUCAAGUUCUAAAUUAUGGUCUGGUUGAUUUGUCAGUUUCGACUGGUUUGCUUGAUAGUAAAUCUGCUGCUAGAAGAAUGUUGAAACAAGGUGGAUUGUAUCUGAAUAAUUGUAGGGUUGAUAGUGAAGGAAGGAAGAUAGAGGUCGAGGAUAUCGUUGAAGGAAAAGUUCUGCUGCUAUCUGCAGGCAAAAAGAAUAAGAUGAUUGUCAGAAUAUCUUGACUCUUUGCUGGUAAUAUCAUUGUACUGCAAUUUAAUUCACAGUUAAGUGUGUUUCUAUAUGAAUUUUUCUUCAUGUAUAAUAGAUGAGAUGAGUUAUGAAAUACUAUUGAAUUUUAUUUGUUCCGAAA